AUGGUUAACGUCCCGAAGACCCGCAAGACCUACUGCAAGGGAAAGGCCUGCCGCAAGCACACCCUUCACAAGGUUACCCAGUACAAGACUGGUAAGGCUUCCCUCUUCGCCCAGGGUAAGCGUCGUUACGACCGUAAGCAGUCCGGUUACGGUGGUCAGACCAAGCCUGUCUUCCACAAGAAGGCCAAGACCACCAAGAAGGUCGUCCUCCGUCUUGAGUGCACUUCCUGCAAGUACAAGGCCCAGAUGACCUUGAAGCGUUGCAAGCACUUCGAGUUGGGUGGUGACAAGAAGACCAAGGGUGCUGCUCUUGUUUUCUAAGCGUAUCGCUGCUGUUUUUGUCGAUUGGCUUGGUUGUUCGCAUGGAGUUUUUUGGGUCAU